AUGACGCUUGGAGAAACUUUGAUGAUAAAUCAAGCCCUCGGAUCCUUCCGCCGGACGGGAGAGCCGCUGCACCGUGGCGCCCUCCGCCGAAGGGAAGAGUCCCGCAGUCUCGGGCAGGCGGAGCAGGAGCCGAGCCGCGCACAAACGGAGCCGAGCCGGGCACGGAAGGGCAGGGAGACGGGACCGGGCAAGGCGAGGCGAGGCGAAGCGAAGCGGCGUCGCCUUCCUGGCGCGGGCGGCGGAGAGAGCUGGGGGGGCGCCGCCGGCUGCUUCUCCCCCCUUCCUGAUGUGAGAAGGACGGGCGGACUGUCGGAAGGACGGACGGACGGGAGCACGAUGGGGGGCGCCUUCGGCCUGACUCUGGCCCUUUGCCACUCUCUGGGACUCUACCUCCAGCUCGGCGCCUCCUCGCGUCCCCCGCAGUGGGACAACCAGAUCCCCGGCAGCGCGUUUUUCACAGAGACCCCCCAUGACAUGACUGCCCGGGCCGGCGAGGACGUGGAGAUGGCGUGUUCCUUCCGGGGCAGCGGCUCCCCUUCCUAUUCACUCGAGAUCCAGUGGUGGUAUGUGCGCACUCACAGAGACUGGACAGACAAGCAGAACUGGGCUUCGGAUCAGCUAAAAGCAUCUCCACAGGAAGAAGCCGGGAAGGACGCGACGAAAAUAAGCGUGGUGAAAGUGGUCGGCAGCAACAUCUCCCACAAGCUGCGGCUCUCCCGGGUCAAGACGACGGACGAGGGGACCUACGAGUGCCGGGUCAUCGACUUCAGCGACGGCAAAGCCCGGCACCACAAGGUGAAGGCCUACCUGCGGGUAGAGCCGCCCGAAGACCAAACUGAACGGCGCCCACCCCCACCACCAGCACCAGCACCCAAGCCGGGCAAGGAGCUGAAGAAACGGUCCGUGGAUGACGACAACGGCGGCGACGCGGCCUGCUCCCUCUAG